AUGAAAGACUCAGAGGAUCAAGUUGUUGAAGAAAAUACUUCAUUUCAGGAUGAGGAGGAUUCAUUUUUCCAAGACAUUGACCUUCUACAAAAGCAUGGGAUAAAUAUGGCAGAUAUCAAAAAGCUGAAGUUAGUGGGCAUCUGCACAGUCAAGGGAAUCCAAAUGACGACUCGCAAAGCUUUGUGCAACAUUAAGGGCAUGUCAGAAGCAAAAGUGGAAAAAAUUAAGGAGGCUGCUGGGAAGAUGCUGGAUAUUGGUUUUCAGACUGCCUUUGAGUACAGUGCCAAGAGGAAGAAUGUUUUCCACAUCACCACAGGGAGUCAGGAGUUUGAUAAACUUUUAGGUGGAGGAAUGGAAAGUAUGGCAAUCACAGAAGCCUUUGGAGAGUUCCGCACUGGAAAAACACAGCUCUCCCACACACUCUGCGUCACUGCUCAGCUGCCAGGAGAAGGCGGCUACUCGGGCGGGAAGGUCAUCUUUAUUGACACUGAAAACACCUUUCGCCCGGACAGACUACGAGACAUAUCCGAGAGGUUUAAUGCGGACCACGAUGCCGUCCUUGACAAUGUCCUUUAUGCUCGGGCUUACACUAGUGAACAUCAGAUGGAGCUAUUGGACUUUGUGGCAGCCAAAUUCCAUGAAGAAGGAGGGGUCUUCAAGCUUCUUAUUAUCGACUCCAUCAUGGCGCUGUUCAGAGUGGACUUUUCGGGUCGAGGUGAGUUAGCAGAAAGGCAGCAGAAACUGGCCCAGAUGCUCUCCAGACUGCAGAAGAUCUCCGAAGAGUACAACGUGGCUGUUUUUAUAACCAACCAAAUGACCGCCGAUCCCGGCGCUGGGAUGACAUUCCAAGCUGACCCCAAGAAGCCCAUCGGGGGCCACAUCCUGGCCCACGCUUCCACCACAAGGUUGAGUUUGAGGAAAGGACGCGGCGAGAUGAGAAUUGCCAAAAUUUUUGACAGUCCAGACAUGCCUGAGAAUGAGGCCACUUUUGCCAUCACAGCUGGAGGAAUUACCGAUGCUAAAGAGUAA